AGUCAAUGCACAACAAGUGGCACACGUGCGGUGAAGCUGUCGUGCAAUAUGUAGGCUCUGCAAUUUAGUCCCAAAUUCAGAAAUUCUGAAUAAGUAGUCCUUAAGUUUUUGACAGUUGAUUGGCAAACAAUCAGAAUUAUGGCAAAGAAUGCGUUGAGCAUGUUCUGUCAGCUGUUUGGCCGAAACAACAGUGCCAUUGUCGGAAUGAUACAUGUCAAAGCUCUACCAGGCAGUCCGAGGAAUACUCUUGCCAUGAGGGAUAUUAUUCAGAGAGCUUGUAAAGAGGCAGAAGGCUACAAAGAUUCAGGUGUGGAUUCUAUAAUGAUAGAAAACAUGCACGACGUCCCCUAUCUUCCAGCUGAGCGUAUGGGGACAGAAAUCACAGCGAGUAUGACAGCAGUAGCUUGCAAAGUCCGAGAGAUAUGUCCGAGCAUUCCUUGUGGUGUUCAGAUCUUGUCUGGUGGUAACAAGGAAGCAUUAUCAGUAGCACAAGCAGCAGGAUUUGAUUUCAUCAGGGCUGAAGGUUUUGUCUUUGCCCAUGUUGGUGAUGAGGGUCUGAUGAACUCCUGUGCUGGAGAUCUGUUGAGAUACAGGAAACAAAUCGGAGCUGACAAUAUCAAGAUCUUCACAGACAUCAAGAAGAAGCAUUGCUCCCACGCCAUCACGUCAGACGUUAGUAUUGCAGACACUGCAGAGGCUGCUGAAUUCUUUGGCAGUGAUGGAGUCAUUGUAACAGGGAGUGCAACAGGAAAAGCUGCCAGUCAACAAGAAAUCUCUGAUGUCCAGAAAUCAGUGAGCAUACCCGUCUUGGUCGGGUCAGGAGUUACCACGGACAAUGUUCAGCAUUACCUAGCUGCAAACGCCCUCAUUGUUGGGUCUCACUUCAAGGAAAACAACCUAUGGCACUUUGACCCUGACUUUGGUAAAGUGCAACGGUUCAUGGACAAGGUGAAACAUCUUCGAGACGGCGGGACAACGUAACCAUCUACGAAACAGCGGGACAUCGUAAUGGUAAGCUUGAACAGAAAAUUCAUCACUGCCACUGCUGAAAUUUAUUUGUAUGUAAUUGUUGGUUUGUCAUUUUUUAAAUGUGAUCGCUAGACUUUGUUUGCUAAAACCAUUGUUUAGAAUGGGAGACUUUUGGAUGGUCCAUUUUAACAGUUUCGCACAUGUUCAGACCUACACGCGCAAUACUGAGCAUGUGUGCAGGUUUGUUAUUUUAUGCAUAUGUUGAGAUACACCAAGUGAGAACACUGGUCUUUGAAAAUUACCAAUAGUGUACCUUUCCAUUAACAGUACUGAAGCAUAGAUUAUGCUCUUUUAAAAUUUAUAAAAAAAGAAGACCUAGGUCGACAAACGACUCAUUUUGCUUGACUGCAUCACAUAUACUACACUCUCAUUUGAACAAAUUAAUAUUAACGAAAGCUACUCAGUAAGAGACCAGUUAGACGUUAUUGACCAUUAUAAAAACAAAUCAACUCGGUUUAAUAAUUUAACUCAAAAGUCAUCCAAUUUUUUAACAAUGAAUUAGAGGAAAAAAGAAGAUAAAACACAUGCACUCUACACUGAUACAGAAAGUCUUUAACAACUAUUGUAAAAAACUUAUUUCUACAUGUAUCAUCCGAGCUUAUCCAUUUUUUCAUAACCACAUCUCCUUAUUUGGAGCAACUGAACCCCACACCAGGACUCAAUUUAUAAGCUGCUUAGCGGCCCAUUUUAUGCUUACUGCAAGAUUUCCAUUUCAAACCGCUGCAAACGGUAAGCACCUGAAAAGGUGUGCUAACCUUCUGGUGCUUACUGUAUGAAAAUGCAAAUCCAUGGUAAACACGCAAACUGGCUGGCUAAUUUUCUUGCUUACCUGUGAAAUACGCUCACGCUUCAGCAAAUUUUUCUGCUAUAGUUAGCACAAAAAUUUGCUUACUGGGCCCAGCUAGGUCAACAAACAAGUGAUUUUGAUGUGUCUAAAUGAUGUAACUUUUUGAAAGAAAGAACAAUGACUCAGCACUUUUGAAUGCCACCUGAAGAUUUAAUUCCCAAGUUACAUUUCGGUCAAAAAACAGAUAUGAAAAUGUCUUUCAACUUCCUCAACACAAGGGCAUUGUAUUGUGUUCUUCUAACUGAACUGAGCUAUUCAAGAAAAUUAAUAUUUUUUUACACAUAAAAACUUCUAAAGUAACUCAAUAAAAAAUUAACUAAUAUUAAUAUAUUAAUAAUUCUUCAUACAACUUCUCUCAUUUACAACUAACACUCUCACCAGAAACUCAUUUAUAGAAUUUAACAUACAAUAUAUAUAUACUUAAAUAAACUUCCCUCAUGCUAAAAGUGUUGAUCUGGUUGUUGUUAUGGAACAUUCAAAGAGCAAGUUUUAAUACAAAUAUUUAUCUGAAUUAGUCUUUGGAAAAUAUAACAAGUACUUUUGUUCAAAAUGUUGAAAAUAGAACCCUGAUUUGCGGCGCAUCAUUUACGUGGAGCGAUGCUCGCUCGCAAUGUCUUGGUGUAAGAAGUGCCAUUUUCCUGCAAAGCCGUUUUCAAACUGUAUCUCUUAUCCCUGUAUAAUACAGCACAGGGAGGCAAUGGACUUGUUUAACCCCACGGUUACCCCGGUGCACUUUCACACUUGUGUCCCUAUUCUACAGGGUUCCAGUUGCAUGUUUCAAGAAUGAUAUACCCCCAGGUUUUACCUCUUGCCCCUACUCCAGAGCAAGGGUAGCUAUUCCCCGGGGUAUGCUAAUUUCCCAAAGCAUGAAAUUGGGCCCUGGAUGCGCGCACCGUCCCUACAUGCUUAGAGCGCCCUCAUUGUUUUCCCAGUGAUGAGGUUAUAUCCUACUUAAUUAACAUGACAGUAUGUGUUACAAGUACCAUCAGUAAUAAUAAAGUGAUUAAAUUCAAGCUGUCAUGCAUACAUCGUACAAUUCAUAUAAUGUUACUUCCUUUAUUUUUCACCUCAAGGACAAUAGUGUCUCAUUAACAAUCUAGAAUAUAAACUAGCUUCACUCUCACUGAACGCUUUUUUUGUUCACACAAAAGGCUUUCCCUACAGCUUUUUCUUGUAGUUAAUACAUAUCUCUUAAUCUCUGCACGCUUCUCAUACAAAUUACUACAGCUACAUACAUUUUUGGUGCUGUGUUGUAUUGCUGUGCAUAAAUUACCUUGUGCCAUAUAACUGACACAGGCUGUUGAAUGUGUCAUAAAAAACUCAAUUUCCAGACUCGAUGCUCUGUAAGCAGUUUGUGGAGAUUUUGAAAAUUUCCUUUUUCAUCACUAUUUUUUUUAGUGGUUUUAUGUCAACGAAAUAGAUAAAACACAAAGUGAAUGAUAUUGGGUAAAUUUGUGCCUGUCCUUUCAGAAAGACUAACAUCAAGAUUUCUGGGAAAUGUGUUUGGUACUGCACACACAAGCAGUGAGUGUGUUUGGUACUGCACACACAACAAGCAGUGAGAUAUAAAUUAAUGUAGAGCAAGGGAUGUUGUUCCCUUGAUGUAACCUUUGACCUGACACAAACUCAUCUUCAUGUCCUUGGGCAGUGAAUCACCCUUCAGUUUACCAGCACGUUUACACAGGAUACAAGUGCAAAUUGCCUAGUACUUCACCACUUAUACGUACGCACACUGCACUUGCAUUGAAGAGGGACAUGGCAGUGGAAAUAACCGCGUAAGAUAUUUUCAGCUUGAUGAUGAACGUAGUUUUCACAAGAUUUUCAGAAUGUGGGCAGUGCUUUACGAAAGUCUGGGCCCAAUUUCAUAGAGCUGCUUUAAAAGCAGAAAAUUAUGCUUAAAAGUUUCCUGCUCAGCAAAACUGAUCAGGAUACCAGUCACAAAUGGUACAUGGGCCAUAGUACUUUGGCUGGUAAUCUUAUUUUGGUAAGCAUCAUUUGUUUUUGCUUUAACCACUUUUGGUGCUGAAGCAGCUCUGUGAAAUUGAGCCAUGGUGUCACAACAAAAAUGAUACCAUAAAAUAAGAUUUAAGAUAAUUUUUCUUAAAUCACUCCAUGCAGUUAAUGGUUGAAAGUAAACAUAAAAUGUUAAUGAAAAUGAAAAUUAUCUUGGAUUUAACCUUCAAUACCCUUCACAUGACUAAGUGCUGCAUAAUCAACUGCAAACUAGUCAGAUUUAAAAUGCAUGUAAACCUUAAGUGCAGUGGUGAUAGUCAGGAACAAGAUAAAGUACAUAGUAAUCCGAGAGCAAUCUGCCUGCGAUUCUACUUAAAUUUGAAAAUCCCUCUCUCCGGUGAUGAAAAGCUGAGUAAUGCUCUGCUAGGGUAUUACGUUCCUUGUAUCACUCAUUACCACAUGACACUGGAAAACAUGUACGCAUAUAAAUAAACAGCAAGUAAAUAUUACAGUGCCUGCGCUUUUUCUUCUUCUAACAUUAAAACAUGAAAUGAGAACAGUUGUUGGCGCAAAAUUACACUCCAGUACGUAGCACUUGUUAAUGGCCGUGUUGUUGUAUUGAAUGUCUAGGCCUUGUCUGUUUUAAUACACUUUGAUUGCAUAGUUUUCUUUCUGUCCAUAUGGUUGGGUUGUUUUUUGGUGUAUAUCGUCAAUUUUGCCCUAUGUUAAUUUAUUGUAAUUUAUGUAAAAUAUAAAUAUAUUACUUUCUUCUUGGAAAUAAAUAAUGUCGAGAUUUGUUAACACUUUUUUAAGAAUAAUUAGACAAGAAGUUAUUACAGAGACAAAAAACAAAAACUUCAAAACUAUAGGUGCAAGAAAAACAGUUUGGCUUUGCUGUUGCUAAUGCUAGGUGUAUUUAGACGUCACUACUGUGUAUUUAAUACAUACCUACUUGCUAUGUCUAUGUUCUAAAACCCUCUAGAUUUAUGUAUAUCAGAUAACCCUUCGCACUAGGCAGAAUAUUUGUAAUAAACCAUUCUAUUUCAACAA